AUUGUAAUAGGAAUGUUGCUUGUAAUGUCACCAAAGGUGAAGGAAUUUGUAAUAGUGCUGAUGGUGAAGUAGCUUGUAAUAGUGCUGAUGGUGACGUAGCUUGUAGUGAUGCUGAAGGAAAGAUAUUUGUAAUGGGUGCUAAUGGUAAAGAUGCUUGUAAUGUUGAAUAUGAAGAAGCUUGUAAUGAUGAUAAUGAUGAAGAUUCUUGUAAUAAUUCUGAAGAUAAUGGUAUUAAAGGUGGUUCAAUUGGUGAUGCCAUCGCUUUAUUCUUUAUAUAA